UUCCAAUUCAACCUCUACUCUAACUACUCUUGGCACUUCACUUACUUCUCCUGAUAAUAAUUCUAAUAGUGAUAACGGACUUAGUACCUCUAAUAAAAUUGCCUUAGGUACUGGACUUGGACUUGGUAUCCCUGGAUUUUCCUUGACAGCUUUCGGUUCUUGA